CACCCUGUGUGUUUCUUUUUCUCUACAGUUGGUGUGUGGAGUCGUAUUGUCCGCGUCCCUUCAGGUCCCCUCCUGCGGGUGGAAGGCACCGAUGUCGCCAUCUCCUGUAACGUUAGUGACUAUGAGGGCCCCGGAGAGCAGAACUUUGAAUGGACAUUUUCCCCGGGGUCGGGCCCUGUGGUCAGGGUCCUCAGUACCUGGGAUGACACCUUCACAGACGCUGCACUUAAAGGUCGGGUGAGGGCGGGCGACAUCCAGCUUCAGAGAACGGGGAACAGCGAGGUCCUCCUCCGGUUACGACAGCUAAGCUCGUCCGACGAGGGGAACUACACCUGCUCCACCCCCAGCACCGACGCCACCGUCAGCGGGAACUACGACGACCAUGUGCAGCUGAAAGUGAUCCCCGACACGCUGAGCCUGCACGGCCCGAAGGGACGUUCGACCACUGUGCGCAAUGUGACGGAAGGAGGGUCCUUCCAGCUGCAGUGCCAGGCGGGCUUCUCCGAUUCAGCCGCUCACACUCACCUGUCCCUGACCUGGGAGCGACAGACGGCAGGCUCCACCUCCAGCAAGGUCCUGACACUGACCCACCUAGGGCGUUUCCAGCCUGGACCGGACUAUGCUGACCGAUACAAUCACGGGGAGGUGCGGCUGGACACGGCCGGGUCUGACAAGUUCCAGCUGACUGUAGAUGGCGCCCAGACAUCUGAUGGAGGGGAUUACAGCUGUGUGGCCCAGACCUGGGUGCAGGGGCCCGAUGGCUGGGAGAAGAUCCAGGAGAAGAAAGUGGGCGUGGCUCAGGUGGAGGUUUGGCCAAUGGAUCUGACAGUGACCAUACCGAUGAAGGAAGUGGAGGUCCAAGAGGGGUCCCCCCUCACCCUUCCCUGCCAGGUGUCUCUGGACUCCAAUGUUCCAGUGCUGAUCCAAGUCCGCUGGUUCCGGUCCGAUGGUGGAGACAUUCAAGAGCUGCCCGGGGGACCCGACCCAGAACCGUCCCAGGAGAGGACCUACACCCACAAGCUGGAGGUGCCCCAGGCUCGGAUCUCGGGGGAUUACACGUGUCGGGGCUCCGCUUGGACCCCGCUGAGGGAUGGCAGCUGGAAGAAAGCGGCAGAGCAGACGUCCGAUGCUGUCAAGGUGAAGGUGGUCUCUGAAGUGCCGGACCUCCAGGUGAUGCUGAACACGUCCGUUCUUCCCCAGAUGUCGGAUGAGCCCACGGAGCUCCUGUGUCACAUGACUGUUUCGGGGGACCCGCGGCUGUCCGUGUCCUGGUAUUUCCAGGGGCAGAACCCUGCCACUUCCGGAUUGGUGGGCUCCAUGAACCAGGACUGGACCCUCCAGGCAGGAGAGGCGUACCAGCAGCGUUUGGACAAGGGCGAGGUGAUCUUCUCUCGCCAGGACCCCAGCACCUUCGCCCUGCGGAUCCAGUGGACGUCGGAGGAGGACCGGGGGAGCUACCGCUGUGUGGGCACCGUGUGGAAGCGGCAACUUAACAGCAGCUGGACGCCGGUGAGCCGGGAGACCUCCAGACCCGUCACUGUCGACUGGGCUGCAGAAGAAUCCUCCCUCGUUGUUACCGCCAGGCCAGUACAGGCGGUGUCGGCAGCCGGAGGAACCUUCGAGAUGAUGUGCACGGUGCAGCCUAAGAACAUCCCCUUCCCCCAGUACUCAGUGCAGGUGACGCUGACACCCCAGGACCCCAUUCAGCCCCCCGUCGUUGUCAUCUCUCUGAACCGCGAGGGGGCGACGCAUCGAAGGCUGCCCGCCGGCAGUAAUACCUUCCUAGAGAAGGGGAAGGAGGGCGUCUACAUCUUCAGACUCUACCAGGCGCAGAACCAUAACAGCGGAGCCUAUCGGUGUGCGAUCUCGGCCUGGACGCAGGGCGGGGGCGGGGCGUGGCGGAUGGUGCGGAAUCAGACCACCAAUCCCGUACAGCUGGAGUUCCAAAAUUCAGGUCCCGUCUUCAAUGUGACGGCUCGCUCAGACAGCUCCAGUAUUUACCGUGGUGAGCGAUCCGAGUUCUGGUGCAUCGUAACCAUCGAUGGACCCGGCGUGGAUCCAGCGGACAUGGCAUUCGAGGUCUCCUGGUACGUCCAGAAGCCUAGCGGCUCCACCGUCUUCCUGGCGGGGGCGGAUCGGACGGCUCAGGUCCAGCACAGCCGCAGGAACGGCUCCAGCGAGGUGGCCUUAGAGCGGAUCAGUGAUAUGGAGUACAGGCUGCGGGUGUACGGCUGUGAGGAGGAGGACGCCGGCGGCCAUUACUGUACGGUGACCCCCUGGGUGAGGACCGGCGAGGGCGGCUGGAGCAGACAGGAGAGCGUGACGUCUUCCCCGGUGGCCGUCAGCAUCAGGAUGGAUUUACUGAGUGCAUUCAAAUACCCGCUGCUGAUUGGCGUCAGCCUGUCCCUGGUGGCCGGCCUCCUCUCCUGCCUGAUUGGAUACUUCAGCACUCGUUACUGCUGCAAGGUGCAGCCGGUCCCGGAGAAGCGGCGGGAACACCGCCGGCUCAUGUCGAUGGAGAUGGACUGACGGUGGCGUGCGCUCACCGGUGCUGUACCACGCUGAAUGAGCCACUGACUGUUACCCGGAAUUGGGGGGGAGGGUUCUUUUUUCUACAAAUGCCAAAAAAGAGCCACGUGUGACUCUGAUGGGACUGUACCACUGACCCAGUGCGGGGGAGGGGUCUGUCUUCCACUUUGUCUAUAUCCCCCCGCCUCUUCCAGGAAUGGACCAUAACGACGGUACGACACGGGGGGGGGGGGGGAGGGGAAGGAUCUGCUGCUGCUGCACCCGGCUCCCCCUCUACAAAGCAAUAAGUACCUGAAAUGAUGGGAUGUACCCCCCCCCCCCCCCCUACAUAAUGACUGACUCCCCACGUCCAUCGGCCUGACUGGCGGCUGACCCAGGGAAAGGGAAUUUUUGUGCAACGCUGCCGCCAGCGCAGGUGCUAUAUCUCGCAAACGCCACACUACGGCCGGCGUGCUGUUUGCGGACGGUGUGCCCCCCGCGGCACGGACCUGUGUACAACGCAGACACUGUGACCUGCCCCUUCCGCCGAGGACCCCCCCACACGGCACACCACAAUCCUCCCUCUGAAUGUCUGAAGACUUGUGUGAAAUGUUUUAGUAAUUGCGUUUGUUUUUAUAUUUCCUGCCCCGAGUCCGACCCAAACCCGCCAGCAGGGUCACCCUUCCAAAAGAAAAGACUGCACCCCAAAAAAAUAAAUCGGAAGUCGUUUCCCAGAAAAAGUUAUGAAGAAAAUAAAGUUAACAUGAACAGAGUCCCCGCCUGGGACGUCCUUGUCCGAUGGGUCCCACCCACAAGGCUGGACUUAAUCAUGGAGGUACCGCCCAGGAGGAGGCUCUCCAUUACUUUCUGGAUUGAAUUGCAGCCGGUCUUUCCUUUUUUAGAUCUGUGGGGUAGAAGAUGAGCCCCUGCUGGAACCCCGCUCCUAGUCUUCCAUGUGGGAGCCGCGUACCCCUCACUUUUUAUUUGGGGGGGGGUGAUCGCUGGCAGUUUUUGGUUCCGGACUGACCCUUUCGUCUUCCAGAACAGUCUGAUUGCACUCCUGACGGAGAAGAAAAUCGCCAUAUCGAUGUUUUGUGUGUUUUUAUCCCAAAUUUCUCCGUCUGAGCAAUAAAAAUGCAGUUUCUAUUUUUUA